AGUAAAAAAAUAAUACAUUGAAGGUUUUUUUGUUUGAGAAGAAAUAAGAUUGAAGCUUUUCAUUCUUUGGCUGUGUUUUUCGUUUCACCUGAACACUGAUCUGAAAGCUGAAAGAGUUGUUCUGAAUCUGAAACCUAAAUGGGUUACGUUCAAGAGGCACGCGAGAAUCACGUCAAGAAGAAAGUCGAAGAAGCUUUACGAAGCAAAAUGAAGCAAAAAGCACUUAAAGAGUGUGAUGAGUAUACAAAGAAAUAUGCUGAAUGUGCUUUGGGGAGAACACUUUCAGUUGUUUGGCAAUGUCGUCAACAAGCUAAAGAGUUGAAUAACUGUCUUCAUCAAUUCACCAAUGAUUCUGUCUUGGAGGAAAUGAAGAAAGAAUACAUGUUAAAACAAGAUGGAGAGGGAACUGUUAGAAUCUAAACUAUUUAAUUUCAACGACACAGGGUGUAUAUCAGAAUCACAGUUGAUGAAUGCACAGUGAUUUUAGAUGUUUGAAAUGAAGUCAUCAACUCUUCAUCAUUGUGAUGCUUUGGAGUUUCAUUAUAACUGCAACUUUUUCUUUUUUUGUGAAUUUUUUAUGGAAUAAUAGAACAUAAAGGAAAAUAAUUUGUAUGAUGUUUGUUACUUGAUCAUAAAAUAGUGUCUUAUGUGUACCAUUUUUUACUAAGGGUGGAGUUUAUGACCUAUGAAAUACUAGACACAGACAUGAACAUCAGUUGUCACACUGACAUCCACACGUCAAUGUCAGUAAUAAUUUAAAAACAAAAAGAAGUAAUUGAAUGUAACUAUA